UAAAAGAGUUACAUUAAAUCAAGGUUAUCAUGGAAGAAUCCCACAAAAAUUAUCUAACCCUAAAUACAAUGAGGGUUUAGCAAAACAUAUUGAAAGGAAAAAGUUUACAAAGGAGAAAUGCUCGUGGAUAAUGGUGAAUAUAUUGAAUCUUUAGGUUCCUUUUCCAUGGGCUGCUUCUCCGAUGGUGGAAAGUGGAGAGGAAAAACCUAAGGAUUAGGGUGAGUGAUGAGAGAAAUGGUUGUUCUUCCAAUUCAUUCUAUGAUUCUACUCGUAAAUGAGCCUCGCAAAAGGUUUUAAAAAGUAACUGAAAUGCGCCCAAUAUGUCAAUAAUUUUCUUUUGACGUUUUUCACUGAUUCUUUUUGAAUUUUUUAUUUUUUAAAAAAUGUCCAAUUUAUUUAAUUAGUGAGUUAGUUAGUAUACUGGAUCCAUUGAAAUUAAUAAUGUGACCAGACUUUACUAUACAAAGCAGACUGAUUAGUAUAUUUACCUGCUUAUGAUGUAUUCCACGUGAGCCUUUGUUCAAUAAUUAGACUCUCUAGAUAUGUUACAUGUAUCAGCCCAAUGGGCCGGGAGGAUUUCUUAUGUUGGCCGUAAUUGGAGACGUGAUGAUGUCCCUGGACUGGCUUAAAAAGAUUGUGGUGGCUUCAAUUUACUUGCGUCCCAAAUCAUAUGUGAAUCGAUGUAGCGUGUUAGGCACCAAAAUUUCAAGUUCCUUGACCCCAAAAAAAAUAAAUUAAGAAGAAUCUUUGUGAUUUGGAUUUUGGACCAAAGAAAGAUUUGAGCUUACUGUUCCGGAUUGUGUUUAUUCAUAAGAUCGUGUUCCCGCUCAUUCAUGCAUGCGCACACCAAGUGUUUGAUUAUUUGCGUCACCCAAUGCUGAAUAAAAACGGUUCCUCGAUUACGAACUGUAAGCAAAAACAACCUCAGCAGAGGUGAAUGCCAAUGCACUUGAGGUCGUUCUUUUGCGAGGCUAACCUGUUGAACAGGUUAACCUUGCAAGUGCAAGCUCGUUCCUAUGCCCGUUGUCGUGAACCAUUUGCCACCAAAGUUUGUCACUACCUCAACCGUGCCAAACUCAUUGACUCCAUUAGACUCACUCUUCGCUCCAACACUCCCAACUCCUCCCUUCCUUCUCUCAUAAACCACCGUCUUUUGGACUCUUUUGUGGUCACUCACGCCCUUCGUUCUGCCCCUUCUGCAGAUUCCGCUCUAUCCCUUGUCCAUGCCCUUCAAGAUAAUUCCCGUUUUUCCCACACCCAGAACACACUCCAUGCACUUGCCACUGUGCUUGCCAAGUCUGGUCGACGCUCUGAGCUCAAAUCUCUCCUUCAUGAUAUCCGAGCCAACCGGUUUGGCACUGUUAGGAUUAGCUUUAUGAAUCUCAUGCAGUGGCAUGCUGCAGCUGGGGACCUUGACACUGUUCUUCAAGCGUGGGAAAAGUAUACACUAGAGAAUAAUCAUCUCUGUGCUGAAUCUUAUAACAUUGUUUUGGCUCUUUAUGCACAGAAGGGAAAGGACUCUGAGGCUGUUACAGUUUUUCACAGGAUGAUUGAAGAAGGGUCUCUUCCGAAUUGCAGAACCUAUACUGUAAUAAUUGAACACCUCGUGAAGUGCCGGAGGUUAUCAGAAGCAAUGGAGGUUUUUAACCUGUUGCCUUUGAUGAGGAUCAAACGCACUUUGAAACAGUACUCCGUUCUGGUUGAGGGUUUUGUAGCUAGCAAACGCUUUGAUGAAGCCAUGGUUUUAGUUGAGGAGAUGCAAGUUGAUGGAAUAUUGCCUAGUAGAGGCAUGGGUUUGUUGCUGCAGCAGAUGAAGAAGGAAGUGGUUCUUAAAGACAAGGAGCAAUUGUUAAGAGAAAUUUUGCCUGAUGAGAGAAUCAGGAGUGUAAGUUAUUCUAUUGAUAGUGGUGAUGAGGAUGAAGGAGAGAAUGAGAAUGAUGGUGAAGAUGAGAAUAUAACUGGUGCCUGUCAAUGUGAUCAUAUUGAUGGGAUUCAAUUAAAACCAUGGCUGGACCCACGGGCUCUGGUCAGUGCCUUGCGGAAUUGGAGUCCUGAUGAGGUAGCAGCACUAGAGGGUGCAAACUUUGUGUGGACAACAAGAUUGGUCUGCAAGAUGCUUAGGAAUUUCAAAACGCCAGAAGCUGCAUGGAAUUUCUUCUGCUGGGUUGCUAGUCAACAUGGAUUUAGUCAUGACAUAUACACAGUACAAAGAAUUAUGACCCUUCUAGCACGCCAUGGACGCAAUGACUUGGUUGAUGGACUCAUCUCCAAGAUCAGAAGGGAGGGAAUGAGACUACCAUGCAGCACCAUCAGACUAAUCCUUGAUUUUUAUGGGAUCUCAAAAAAUGCUGAUGCUGCUCUGAAGGUUUUCAAUGAUGAUCGAGUACUUUGCGGGCCCAUAUCAAAGGUUAACCUGAUGCUUCUGUAUUCCUCUCUUCUAAGAACAUUAACGAAGUGUGGAAGGAAUUCUGAGGCCCUGGAUAUGCUUGAUGAUAUGAUUCUAAAUGGUAUUUGCCCAGAUAUGCAGACAUUUUCAGGCCUGAUGCACUAUUUUUCACAGCUUGGAGACAUAAAAACAGUGCAAAAGCUCUUUUCAAUGGUUAGACAGAGCGGUCUAGAGCCAGAUGCUUAUUUAUAUAAGGUAUUAAUCCAAGGUUAUUGCAAGUCAAAAAGAGCUGCUCUAGCGUGGAGGCUAUUUGAAGACAUGAAGAAUUCAGGUGUGAUGCCUGACUCUGCCACCAAAGAUUUACUGGUAAAGAGCCUCUGGCAAGAGGGGAGACGGAGAGAGGCUGCAGCAGUGGAAGAGAGUUGUGAGGAAAUAAAUACAGUCCUUCCACAUGCAUUGCAGGGUCAUGUGUGGACUGUCAGCUCUGCAGAUCUCACUAGAGUUUAUGAUAUUUAUUCAAAUUCUUUUGCUUAAAAUGGGGGCUAUCCAUAGGUCUAUACAAUAGGUGUGGGUUUCUGCAUCACAACACAUUAUUACAGGUGAUGAGGUGAAAAACAAUCAAGGUUUUAAAAACCGGUUCACAAUUGCAAUUAUUGCUGCAACACCAAGGGUUUUUGGUAUUUGUGACCUCAACUGCGGUUGCAUUACUCUGUAAUUUUCUACAAUAUCAAGGACUGUGAUGUAAUUGUGACUGUGACCCAAUUUAAAACCUUGAAAUCAAUACCCAUAGUACUUGGGAUUUUUUAGACGGAGAGGUUGAGUGCAAAAAUUUAAGUUGCUGUAUUUAUUAGAGUUCUGGAAGUUGUAGUCUAGGACGUUAGUUGAUACUCAGAAAUGAGUCCUUGCUCUGAUGGCUACCAAAUGUUUCGUUGUAUCCACUUAAUCUAGUACUGGAAGUCAUCUUUGCUUAAUCACAAAAUUAAUGAAGCUCUUAACGUGUGGAGAAGCUACAUUCAGUCGGCUGCUGACUGAUGCAAGUUGCAGGGCAUCUAAUUAUUAUCAUUUUGUAUUCUUAUUAGUUAUCUUAUUGCAAUUUUCAAUUCA